AUGAAACUGGGUCAAUACAUUGUCAAGCGUCUCGAAGAGCUACAUGUCACGCACGUAUUCGGCCUGCCAGGCGAUUAUAACAUGCAGCUGCUCGACCAUAUUGAGGAUAGCCACAAGCUUCAGUGGGUCGGUUGCGCGAAUGAGCUGAAUGCUUCGUACGCCGCUGAUGGCUAUGCAAGAGCCGCGAAUCGUCCCGCCGUGCUUGUCACGACAUUUGGUGUGGGAGAGCUCUCAGCACUGAACGGUGUGGCUGGAUCCUACACUGAAAUGCUGCCUGUGCUGCACAUUGUCGGCAUGCCUCCCUCGGCCGCACAGGCCAACCAUCUGUGGAUGCACCACACACUUGGUGGUAACUUGUACAGUGCGUACUACAACAUGUCGCAGCAUAUAUCGUGUGAUGCUGCUUUGAUCGGAUGGUCUCAGCGUGAUCUCGACAAUGCCCCCUACCAUGUAGAUCGGGUGAUCCUGACAAUGCUCCGUGAAAAGCACCCAGCCUACAUUGGCAUUCCCGUGGAUAUUAUCGAUAUGGAAGUCUCUGGUGACAUGCUGGAUACACCGCUUGUGGUACCGCGUCCCGUUGUACCAGCUGAAAAGUGCGAGUAUGUUGUUAACGAGGUCGCGCGCGAUGUCGAGGCGGCCAAGCGUCCAUUGUUCCUCGUGGACGGAUGCGUGCAGCGACACAAUGUUGUCAAGCUUGUGUAUGACUUUUUGAAGAAAAUUGGCGUGCCCGUGGUCGUUGCACCGAUGGGCAAGAGUCUAUUCCCUGAGGAUGACGAACAAUUCCUGGGUGAAUAUGUCGGCCGGGGCUCGGCACCGAGUCUCGAGGCCAUCAUGGAGGAGGUCGACUUGUUCGUAAUGCUGGGAGGUUUCAAGUCGGAUAUGAACACGGGCAAGUUUUCUUACCGCACACCGACAUGCCACUCGAUCGAAAUUCACAGUCACUCAGUCCAGAUCGGCUACGCCGAGAUUAGUGGCAUCGGUUUCGAAGAGGUGCUUCCUGCUCUGGGCGAGCGUCUUGCCGUGCAUCACGAUGCAUACUUGCGUCUUACCAAGGAGCUACGCGCUCGGCUUCCCGAUAAGCAAACCUUCCCUGACGAGUCGUUCAUUUCCCAGGACUACCUUUGGCACAGGAUCGGCCAAUUUUUGCGUCCGAAAGACCACGUCGUGUGUGAUAUGGGCACCUCGUGCUUUGGUGCCACCCGCACGCGCGUUCCUACUGGUGCGCACUACUACCAGCAGCUCUUGUACGGCUCGAUUGGCUGGAGUGUAGGUGCCGUGCUCGGUGUGCUGUAUGGCGCGCAAGUAACAGACAAGGGCCGCGUCAUUCUCUUUGUUGGUGACGGCAGUCUGAUGCUGACGAUGCAAGAGAUUGCCACGAUUAUGCGUUACGGUCUGAAGCCCAUCAUCUUUGUCUUGAACAAUGAUGGAUACGAAAUUGAGCGCAAGAUCCAUGGUCCUGACCGCUCGUACAACAACAUCCCGCGCCUUGACUACAGCCUCUUGCUCGAUUUCAUGUCGUGUACACGCGACGUGCGUGCUGAUAUCCGGUCUCACGAGUCCAGCCAUGUACGGCAGGAGGCGUCACGCAGCCACCAUGCCGAAGUGAAUGUCCCAGAAAAGCACUACCACAGUGUGCGCACGCGUGAAGAGCUCGAGAAGCUGUUUGAGGACGAAAAGGUCCAGAAUGCGGAUGGCAUUCAUCUCGUGGAGCUGUUCUUGCGCCGCGGCGAUGCACCUGAUCUCCUCAACAAGUUUGUAAACAACAUUUAG